AUGGCGGCACAAAGCUCGUUGAAAAUAUUGGAGGUCAGUACAAUCUCUCCGUCCUCAGACUCCCCAAACACAGCCACUGAGAUCUCUCUCCCACUCACUAUCUUUGAUCUCUUUUUCUUAAAAACCGCACCAAUUGAGGUUCUUUCCUUCUACUCACAAGCUAACUUAGACUGUUUUUCCUUUGACUCAAUCCUCUCCAAACUCAAGCACUCACUCUCUCUCACUCUCCCGCACUUUCUCCCACUUGUAGGGAAACUAACAUGGCCUCCUGAUUCUCAAAAACCCAUCAUUCAUUACACCCCUGGUGAUUCCAUUUCACUCACUAUAGCUGAAUCCGAUGCCAACUUUGACAAUCUAUCUGGAGACCAUGUAACUGAAGCUAGAAACUUUUGUCAUCUCAUACCCCACUUGGAAACAUCAGACUCAAAAGCUUCAAUUUUGACAUUGCAAGUCACUCUCUUUUCAAACAAAGGGUUUUGCCUUGGCGUUGUUGCGAACCAUGCGGUUCUUGAUGGGAAAGCCAUGUCAUUGUUCUUGGACUCAUGGGCUUAUAUAAGCAAACUUGAUAAAGACUCAACUUUAUUGCCAGAACUAACACCAUUCAUCGACAGAACUGCUGUCAAAUACCCAGCUACACUCGACUCUAUGUUCUCAGACUGUUUGUUAGCAACGAAUAGCCGAAGCCUUAAGCCACACAAUUUCGAGGAUCCAACAGAAGACAUUGUUCGAGGCACAUUCGAGUUAAGCCGUGCAGACAUAGAAAAACUCAGGAAGAGGGUUUUUUCAUGGGGGGACAAGGUUGGUGAUGAAGCUAAAACAAAGACAGUGGAACCAUUUCAGUUAUCAACCUUUGUCCUUUCAUUUGCAUAUAUAAUGGUUUGUGUGGCAAAAGCCAAAGAAUUAGAAAGUGGUAUAGUUGCCCAAGCAAGAGAGUUAAUGAAGGAAACUGGGUUGGCCAUUGCUGCUUAUAGGAUCAUUGAUGGCAUCAAAAAGAUUGAGGGAUUUCUUGAUGAAGCAGAGAAAUGGAUUAAACUGGCGACAGGACAGAUGGGAGCUGAAGGAACCCAAACCCUACCGGAAAUGAUUACGGUUGCAUGGUCAAACAAAUUUAAGGAUUAUGAGAGGGAUUUCGGGUGGGGGAGACCUCAGAAAGUGGCACUCACGAACAUACACAGAACUAGAGCAACUACUAUAGCGGAAAGCAAAAAUGGGAAUGGAGGAGUUGAAGUUGGUGUGGUCUUAAAGAAGCAUGAAAUGGACCUAUUUGCUUCUCUUUUUGUUACUGGUUUACAAAGCCUUUAA